CCCCCUAUCAUACUGUUCUAGGUCGUCCCUGGUCUCAUCGAUUCCUUAAUUCUGCAGCCAUGGCUCGGAAUGAAGAGAAAGCGCAGUCAAUGCUGAACCGUUUCAUCACAAUGAAAGAGGAGGAGAAGAAAAAACCCAAAGAACGCCGCCCGUACUUAGCCUCGGAGUGCUGAGAUUUGGCGGAGGCUGACAAGUGGCGCCAGCAAAUCAUGCGUGAAAUUGGGCGUAAAGUGGCGGAAAUACAAAAUGAAGGACUUGGAGAACACCGGCUCAGAGAUUUGAAUGAUGAGAUCAAUAAAUUGAUUAGGGAGAAGAUGCACUGGGAAAGGCGGAUAGUGGAGCUAGGUGGGCCUAAUUACACGAGGCACUCGGCUAAGAUGACUGAUUUGGAUGGGAACAUUGUUGAUGUUCCAAAUCCUGGUGGUCGUGGACCCGGGUAUAGGUAUUUUGGGGCUGCCAAAAAGUUGCCUGGUGUAAGGGAACUGUUUGAGAAGCCGCCUGAGCUGCGAAAGAGGUGGACAAGGUACGAUAUUUACAAGAGGAUCGAUGCCAGUUAUUAUGGGUAUAGGGAUGAUGAGGAUGGAAUAUUAGAGAAAUUGGAAAGGCCAGCUGAGGAGAAAAUGAGGGCUGCGGCUGCUGCAGAUUGGAUGGAGAUGGAGGAGAUAAAGAAGGAAGCCAGGAGGGCAGUGAAGAGUGGGGAGGUGGCAGAAGUGGGAUUAACGUCAAAGAUAUUAUUUGAGGAAGAAGAGGAUGUAGUAGAGGAGGAGAGGAAGGAGCGGGAGAGAGAGGAGAAGGAGAAGGAGAAG